AUGGCUAUCAGAUUAACAGUUUCCUACUCGGGCUACAUCGCCUCGAGUAUGGUCUCCUCGGCGUCCUCCAAAUGUGCUGGAUCCCGAUUCCUUCACGAGUGCGCAUUCCGUUCCCGCAUCUUCCAUCACCCGCCGUCCCAAAAACCUGAUUCCAGUUACUCCGAUUUUCGCCGGGCUAAACCCAGUCCUGGUCCUGUCGGAGCCUCUGUUCGGCCCAUGUCGUCGAUGUUCUCAAUGCUGGCAGAGGAAAUUUUGGGCGAAAAUUCACGAUCGCCUCUGUAUAUGGGACUGAUUUCUUUGAUGAAGCAGUCCAUGGGGACAUCCAACGCGGGUGUUUUGGGGAUUUCACCGAUUAAGGCAUCCUCGGUCAUUCCGUUCAUACAGGGCUCUAAGUGGCUGCCCUGCAACGAGCCCGCCAGUACGGAGGUGGAUCGGGGUGGAACCCGUAUCAGUAGCACCAGAAACAGCAGUAGCAAAGACGCCAUUGAAAGCAGCAGCAGCAGUAGCAAAGUUGUGAUUGAAAGCAGUAGCAGCAGAAAUAGCAAAGUUGUGAUUGAAAGCAGAAUCUGUAACCGUAGCAAAGUUGUGAUUGAAAGCAGAAGCAGCAGUAACAAAGACGUGGUUAAAAGCAGUGUUAAUAGCAGUAAAUGCUCGGAGGCGUUGGCGAUGGCCAAGAGUGCUGGUGCUAGUGGUAGUGGUAGUGGUAGUGUUAAGGCUUUGCCACAUAGUAUUGGCACUAGCUCUAGUUGGCUGUCCAAAUUGAUGAAGUUAUCUAUUAGCUCAGAGGAUGCCAAGGCAGCUUUAACGGCCUUCAGUGUCAGUAUAUUGUUCAAGUCUACCUUGGCAGAGCCAAGGUCCAUUCCUUCGACUUCCAUGUACCCGACACUUGACGUGGGUGAUCGUGUCAUGGCCGAGAAGGUAUCUUACAUUUUCAGGAAUCCUGACGUCUUAGACAUUGUGAUUUUCAAGGCACCUUCAAUUCUUCAGACGGUUGGUUUUAGUUCAGGUGAUGUCUUCAUCAAAAGAGUUGUAGCUAAAGCUGGGGACUACGUAGAAGUUCGUGGUGGAAAACUGUUGGUGAACGGCGUUCCCCAAGACGAGGAUUUCAUCUUGGAGCCACAUGACUAUGAAAUGGAUACAGUGCUUGUACCUGAGGGCUGUGUGUUCGUAUUGGGAGACAACCGUAAUAACAGCUUCGACUCCCAUAACUGGGGUCCACUGCCGAUUACAAACAUCAUUGGUAGAUCAGUUUUCCGGUAUUGGCCUCCCACCAAAGUGUCCAGCAUUCUGUACGAUUCUUCCCAGCAGAGGAAUGUUUUUGCAUUAUCGUGA